AUGACCCGGGACAGCCCGGGCGGGGGCCCGCCCCCGGGGGGCCGGCUGUCUCCCCGCAAGGCCCCGGCGCCGCCCGCCGGCAGCCAGGCCCAGCACGACGAGCACAAGCGGGAGCUGGAGGCGCUGCGGGCCGAGCUGGACGGGGAGCGGCUGCGCUCGCAGGAGAGCCGACGCCGCUUCGCCGCCGAGGCCCGCGAGCUGCGGGAGGCGGCUGAGCGCGACCGCCAGCUGCUGGCCGACCAGCUCCGCUCCAAGUGGGAGCAGCAGCGGGCCCGGGAGCUGCACCAGCUGCGGGAGCUGAGCCUGCGGGAGCGGGAGGCCGAGAUCCGCCAGCUCAUCCGCUGGAAGGACGCCGAGCUGCGCCAGGCCCAGGAGCUGCUCCAGCGGGAGCGGGACGCCGCCGUGCGGCAGGCCCGGGACCUGCAGCGGCAGCUGGCCGAGGAGCUGGUGAGCCGGGGCUACAGCAGCACCCGGGGCUGCCCCGCGGGGCUGAGCAGCGAAUGCCGCGGCAAGCUGCAGGAGGUGCUGGGCAAGCUGCGCUGGGAGACCGAUGGCGACCAGGCCGCCCGCAUCCGCCACCUCAGGGCCGAGCUGGAGCUGGAGCGGAGCCUCUUCCUCAAGUACAUCCUGGAGCGGUUCGAGGGCGAGCAGCAGCCCGCCGGCUGCCCGCACAGGGCCAGGCACGGCCCGCAGCCCCGCCUCAGCAGGAGCCUCCUGGAAGGGCCGAGGCCCCGCUCCUUGGAAAGCCUCAUCGCCGCCGCCUCCCCGGAUGGGGGAGCCGCCAGGUCUCGCUCGCUGGACAGCAGCCUAGCCAAGCCCGAGGCUUCGCAGGCAGGGCACCAGGCCCCGCUGGAGGGGAGCCCCCCGCUGAGCCCCUGCCCGGAGCAGCCGGCCCAAAAGGCCUUAGAAGAAGAUGCCCACCCGCAAGAAGGAGCUGCCAAGCAGCUCCCCCUGAAGCCCACCAGUAAGGAGGGUCCCCUGGAGUGCUUGGACUCGCCUCCUGAAGGGAAGAUGGGCAGCUGGGGGUCUGCAGGAGAGGGUGGCACCCAGGCAGUGGGGCAGCAGCAGGAGUGGCUCUCUGGCAGCAGUUACCGCCAGCUGGUGACGCAGAACACCGACCUGCUAAGUGCCCUGGAGGAUCUAGAGCAGCGAUGCACAGCCCUUAAGGAAGAGAACGGCCUUCUGAGGAGGAGCAGCUUCCCCGAGAUGCAGGAGAAGGUGAAGCGGCUCAAGAGGAAAAAUGCAGAUCUGGCCAUCAUUGCCAAGCGAUUGGAGGAGAGAGCCAGGAAACUCCAGGAGUCCAACCUCAAGGUGGUCAAUGCUCCAAUACCCCUAUCCCUCAAAGGCUCCAAUGUGGAACUGUGCAAGAAAGCAUUUGCCCGGCAGCGGGCUAAAGACCUGAGCGAACAAGCUAGCAUCCUUCUGGCCAAAGACAAACAGAUAGAAGCCUUGCAGAGAGAGUGUUGGGAGCUGCAGGCCAAACUGGCCACAGGCAAGGAGGGCUCAUUCUGGCUCAAUUUAAGUGACUUUGAUCGUUUGUUGCGGGAGUCUCAGAAAGAAGUGUUACGAUUACAGAGACAGAUCACGCUGAAGAACCUGAAAGAGUCUCUACCUUUGCCAAAACAGACACCACCAGGAUCAAUCACUUUGGCAAAGGAUAUUAAGCCAGUAGCACUACCUCUGGGAAAUGUGUCUGAGGAACAUGAAAACAUCCCUUUAAAAACAGACCCAGACAGCAAAAAUCAAAUACAGCAUUUGGAAAUAGAGCUUAGUAAGAAAUUUAAGCAGUGUGAAACCCUUGAACAAGAAAUGGAGAAAAAGCAGAAAAAAUGUGAAGAGUUGGAAAUGCAGCUUCAGGAGGUGCUGACUAAAAAUGCCAGAAUGACUGAGAAAAAUGCUCAACUCAGUGGGAAAACUAAAUGGACAGAAAAGGUUGAAUCUGAAAAUGCUGACCUGAAGGUAAAAUUAAUGGGAGUGACAGAGGAGUGGAAUUCUGCUGUCCAGUUGACCAAAGGACUUCAAACCAAGGUGGACGAUUUAGAGCAUGUACUGAAGGACAUGAAAGAAAUGGCAGAGAGAAGGCAACAGCUGGAGGUUGACCAUGAGGAAACACUGUUAGCACUGCAGAAGAAAGAAGAGGAGGUCAAAUAUUUGCAGCAGGCCCAGGUAGAAGCAAAAAGGGAACAUGAAGAGGUAGUACAGCUAUUAGAAGCCCAGGUGAGAGAAUUGGAGAAUCAGUAUCACAGUCAAACUGAACAUUUUAAUCUUCUGUCUCAGGAACUCGAACAAUUACAAAUAAAAAAUUCUGACCUUGUGACUUCAGACUUGCCACACGCUACGUGCUGUUCCUCAGAAGAUUGCCAUGUUCCUCAGUGCAGUAAGAAUAUUAAUGAUGUAGACUUUGUAUCCACUCCUGCUGCUUUUAAGAAGCAAAGCAAGAAACUGGAGUUCCAGUCAAACUCCUCAAAAUCAGAAUCCACACAGUACAGUCCUAAGUCCUGCCCCACUCCAGAGGGGGAUAGUGCAAGUGAGAUGGAUGAAUUGGAGACAGACAAAUUUUCCCUAAUCUUGGAGCCUGAGAGACAAGGUCCUGCAAAACUUCAAGUGUUUUUAGCUCGAUACAGCUAUGACCCUUUUGAUGGUCCUAAUAAGAACCCUGAGGCAGAGCUUCCACUGACAGCUGGAGAAUACAUUUAUAUCUAUGGAGAGAUGGAUGAGGAUGGCUUCUUCGAAGGAGAGCUGAUGGAUGGCAGAAGAGGGCUGGUUCCCUCUAAUUUGAUAGAAGAAGUUUCAGAUGAUGACCUCAUGACCUUUGUGCCUCCAAAGACAAGUGACGUCUCCCAUACUUCAGAUCAUGAAAUGAGUUUCCUCAGCAGAAGUGCUAGUAGUGGAGAAAAGAGUGAUUGCCAUGAUGAAGAAAUCAGUGUCAAUCUAUUGCCUAGUAGAUUAGAAGGAGACAUGGAAAUGCCUGAUCAUACAGCGGUGCCUUAUCCAAGAAAUUUGACUAUAAUCAAACUGUUUGCAAGAAGUGUUGUUAUAGGCUGGGAGUCACCACUCAUGCCAGCUGGCUGGGGAGAUGUGCAGAGCUAUAACAUAUAUGUAGAUACAGAACUUUGCCAAAAUGUGAGGUCUGGUUGUCAGACUCAAGCAGCAAUUGAGAAUCUGGAUUUAAAGAUUAAGGCAUAUCGGAUCUCGGUACAAAGUGUGACAGAGAAGGGAAACUCGGAUAAGAUGCAAUGUACCUUCCUUGUAGGGCAUGGUUUCCAUAUAGCACCAGCACUUCUGAAACUUAGGAGCAUCACUGCCACUUCAGCAGAGGUCACCUGGUUACCAAGCAGUAGCAACUACACUCAUGCAGUGUACCUUAAUGAGAAGGAGUGUGAUGUGACAAAGGCAGGGAUCUACUGGUACACUUUCCAUAACCUGCAACCCAACACUCAAUACAAUGCAAAAGUGGAAACACAGCCUCAGAAGACGGUAUGGGAUUUGCCUCAAGAGAAAUGGGAGCAGAAAUCAGCAAUGAUUAAGUUCAUUACUCCAUCAGCGGGACCACCUGAUGCUCCACUUGAUGUCCAAGUACAGCCUGAUCCCUCAGCAGGCAUUCUAGUUAUCAGCUGGCUACCAGUGACAAUUGAUGCAGCAGGAUCAUCCAAUGGGGUACGAGUUACUGGUUAUGCUGUGUAUGUCAAUGGACAAAGAGUAACAGAAGUUAUAUCUCCAACAGCUGGGAGUGCCAUAGUAGAACUGUCCCAGUUAGAGAUUCUACAAGGAUCUCAGAAGGUUUCUGUGAGAACUGUCUCCCCCAAUGGAGAGUCAGUUGAUUCUGUGCCAGCUCUGAUUCCCUCAGCCAUGUUGAAUGUUCCCAGUUGUUGUUCAUCAUCAAAGUCUAUGUCUACCAGCCUGACCUCUGAAUUACUCUAUGGGGAAUUCAUAGACUCUCAGCAUGUGGAAAUCCCUUUGAUGCACUGCACAUCUUCACCCUCUUCAGAGAUGUUCAUGGCCAGUCAAGAUAACAAAUUCACCAUUCACUUCACCUCCAACUGCGGAGACUCAGUAGCUUCUCUGCCAGCAAGCAUCCCCCCACACCAGUUGUUCUCCUCUCAGAGUUCUUCUUUGAUACAUGAGCUUGCAAUGUGCAACAUUGGUGAUAACGUAGCAAGAGAUAAAGAUGAUAAAUGUUUAAAGUCUUAUCAGCAGACAGCAGUCAGUGUGCAACCUUCAGGCCUUGUCUUUCCAACUAGAUGGUGUGAAGAAUCAGUCAAUUCCAGGAUGUCAGCAUUAAAAGAACUUGCUGAAGACAGCCAGAGAAAGAGGAUAAAAAAGCUCUUUGUUACUAAAAAAGCUGUGCUUGAAAAUCAAAUGGACACUAGCAACAUGAAAAUGUCUAUGAUCACCCACUAUGUGCACUCUGACGACAAGUCUGUGAAAGAUUCAACCACUCAAGAUAUUGAGGGAUAUGAUGCGAGCAGCUUGAGUUCUGGGCCUCAGCUGUGUUCUAGUCAGCUUGAAUUGGAGGACAGUUACAGAGACAUAGGUAUACAUAAUAUCUGUGUUCAGGACGUCCCAGAUAUUUCCACUGAGAAGAAACAGACGAAAGAAUUAUCCAAAGAAGUCCCCAGCCUAGGGAUGUCUAGAGGUGAAAUACAGGAAGACCAAACAUCAAGAAUAGGAAACUGGCAAUUGAAUCCUGUUGGUGACCACAGCCACAGUUCUGAUCUUUCAGAUAUUUUGGAAGAGGAAGAAGAGGACCUGGAUUUAGAUACGCAGGAAGAGAAUAGAAUAAAAGCUGUUGGUAAUGAUUCCAGGCUGCCGGAGCUUCCAGAGUUUCCCAUGCAGUGGGCUCAAAACAGAAAAAUGAGCAAGACUUUAAGAAUAGGUCAAGCAGGGACAUCUUCAUUUUCCAAAGCAGGCCCUCUGAGAAGCUUCGUCUCAGAGGAAAUAGUUAAUGAUGAUUCAGUAAGGAUAUUUGUGGCCCUUUUUGACUAUGAUCCCAUAUCUAUGUCACCUAAUCUUGAUGCAGCUGAAGAGGAGCUCCCAUUUAAAAAGGGGCAGAUUCUAAAGGUGGUUGGUGAUAAAGAUGCUGAUGGCUUUUACAGAGGUGAAUAUGCAGGAAGGGUAGGGUAUAUUCCCUAUAAUAUGGUGUCUGAAGUGCAGGUGGAGAGUAAUGAAAUGAAACAGCACCUGUUAAAACAAGGUUCCAUUACUGAUGAAAAAUCUGUGAUUAACUUAGUGGAGGUGGAUACAAAGAAUAACAAUAAGUCUCACACAGAACAUAGCUGGCAGGAUAGCAAGGCUGAACAGCUUACUUCUAAGACAAUGGUGGCUGUCUUUGACUACAACCCAAGGGAGAACUCAUUAAAUGUAGAUGUGGAAAGUGAGCUGACAUUUAAUGCUGGAGACAUCAUCACAGUAUUUGGGUCUGUGGAUGAUGAUGGAUUCUACUAUGGGGAGUUAAAUGGACAGAGAGGCCUUAUCCCGUCUGACUUUCUAAAAGCUAUCUCUUGGGAUGAAGAGUAAAAGAGGAUUCAUUUAAAAGACACCUCUGCAGAGAGUUAUAGAAGAAGGAAAAGAAGAAUCUGAUAUAUCAAUUAAAAAAAGCACAAAAUGUAGAUGAAAAAUUGAAUCUUUAGGGAGGUCUAGCAUUAAAAACUAUCCAUGAAAAUGCCUCCUACAAAAUGUAUAUUUUUAAGAAUUGAACAACUAGACAAUUCAUAUGUACUUGAAUCUCUGCUCAUGUGAGAAUAAUAGUAUGAACUAUUUGCAGAAGGCUCCAAAUAGAUUUUUAGUUGUAAAACAAACUGGGUAACUUUAAAUUUGUUACAAAGACCUGUAAGAAAGUUAGAAGUGAAUUUUAAAUAUUUUCCUGUAGGGAUUAUGAAAAGAGUGCAUUGCAGAGAUAAAAGUGAAUUUCACAUACAGUUUAAAACGUAUGUACGACUUUAAUCUUUUUUUCUUUUUAAUGGAGGAGAUGAACAUGUUUUCUCUAUGUUGGUACUUAAUGGAUCAACUUCUACCACUUUCUACAGUACAUACAGUAAUGGUGUAGAAUGGCUGUUAAAAGCAUGCCAGAUAGUAUUUUUCUUAAGGGGUAGGUGAACUUCGACUACUUUUUAGCAUGUCUUCCUCUACACAGAUAACUGAUUCAUUAGCCCACUUCUCUUCUUCUUCAUUGAGAGUUGCCAUUCAAA